CCACUGACCUGCUUCUACAGGAGUUUGCUUCCUGCCUGGGAGAAAUGACUUCAGCCUGGAGACAUUUGCAGAGAGCCUGGUGCCUGGAGACCUCCUCUCCCAGGACCUCCAAGUUGUGUCCCUCGCUGAGCCAUGCUUCCUGGAUAUCUGGAACCAAGCUUGGUCUUCAUUCAAAACCCAAAAUGCCACCAUGCGACUUCCUGCCUGAAAAAUACCAGUCUCUUGCCUACAACCAUAUCCUGGAGAUCCACAAGAAGCAUCUUUCUCCUGUGGCAACAGCAUAUUUCCAGAAGCCCUUGCUCCUACACCAGGGACACAUGGAAUGGCUAUUUGAUUCUGAAGGCAACAGAUACCUGGAUUUCUUUUCUGGGAUUGUCACUGUCGGUGUUGGUCACUGCCACCCGAAGGUGAAUGCGGCUGCACAAAAGCAGCUCGGCCGCCUGUGGCACACGAGUUCUGUCUUCUUUCACCCUCCAAUGCACACAUAUGCGGAGCAGCUUUCCGCACUUCUUCCUGAGCCUCUUAAGGUCAUUUUCUUGGUGAACAGUGGCUCAGAGGCCAAUGACUUGGCCAUGCUGAUGGCGAGGGCACACUCCAACAACACAGACAUCAUUUCUUUCAGAGGGGCCUACCAUGGAUGCAGUCCUUACACCCUUGGUAUGACAAACGUAGUGGCUUACAAGACGGGACUCUCCAGUGGGAUGGGUUGUCGAUCAACAAUGUGCCCAGAUGUUUUCCGUGGUCCUUGGGGAGGAAGCCACUGUCGAGAUUCUCCAGCACAAACAAUUAGGAAAUGCAGCUGCGUACCAGACUGCUGCCAAGCUAAAGAGCAAUAUAUUGAACAGUUCAAAGACACUCUGAACACUUCUGUGGCCAAGUCAGUUGCUGGAUUUUUUGCAGAGCCAAUUCAGGGUGUGAAUGGCGUUGUCCAGUACCCAAAGGGGUUUCUCAAGGAAGCCUUCAAGCUGGUGCGAGAAAGGGGAGGUGUAUGCAUUGCCGAUGAAGUACAGACAGGAUUUGGAAGGUUGGGCUCUCACUUCUGGGGCUUCCAAACCCAUGAUGUGAUGCCUGACAUUGUCACCAUGGCAAAAGGGAUUGGGAAUGGCUUUCCCAUGGCAGCAGUUGUGACUACUCCAGAAAUUGCCAGAUCUUUGGCUAAACGCGUGCUUCACUUCAACACCUUUGGAGGGAACCCCUUGGCCUGUGCCAUUGGAUCUGCUGUGCUCGAGGUGAUUGAAGAAGAAAAACUACAAGAAAACUGUCAAGAAGUUGGUACCUACAUGUUACUGAAGCUUGCUAAGCUGCGGGAUGAGUUUGACAUUGUUGGAGAUGUCCGAGGCAAGGGCCUCAUGAUAGGGAUAGAAAUGGUGCAGGACAAGAUGAGCCGCCAGCCCCUACCUCCUCAAGAAGUAAGUCAAAUCCAUGAGGACUGCAAAAACAUGGGUCUCAUAGUGGGAAGAGGCGGCAUUUUUUCUCAGACCUUCCGCAUGGCACCCCCAAUGUGCAUCACUAAGCCAGAAGUUGACUUUGCAGUGGAAGUAUUUCGUUCUGCCUUAAUCCAACACAUGGAGAAAAGAGCAAAGUAGAAGUUUUAGAAAUAAAAAAAUUCAAGCCUUAGCAACUUCCCACUUCUAUGCAAGAGUGAAUCUGAGGAAUUUCAAAACCACUGGCAUUGGGAGUAAACCUGCAGCUCUCUCAGUAGUUGUAAAAGACAACUGAUUGCCUCCUGACCAUAUUUAUUAACAGAGGUCCUAUUAUUGAGAAUUCCAUCAUUAGAGAAAAGGAUCUCUGUCUUUAGCAUAGAGAAUCACUCAUAUUUAGUCUACAGCCUAAAUUGAUUUUCCUUUGCAUUAAUCAGUUUUGGAAUGAAUAUGUGGUACUUUUUUGGCCAAUGAAUCCUAAAGGAAAAUCUUUUAGUGGAGGUGCCUUCAGGGAAAGGCUUCUCUACUUUACUCUUCAGCUCAAGAAGAGAUGUCUUCUUGUUGCACUGAAAACACCUUAUGUUGAAAUGGGAUUCCUGGAACCACAUCAUCUGUCUUGGAGCCAAUGGGAAAAGCCUGAUUGCUGAGGUUGAAAGAUAAAUGGAAGCUGAGCAUUUACUGAUGCUAAUGAAGCUCUGAUAACCAAUCCUGGAGCCACCCUACC